CCGUUGUUCGUUUCAUUUUGAUGUGUUCCCGACUCCACCUUAGAAAUUGGCAUCGGAAUAGGGCAAGUCUCGGGCUAAAUCUAAACUUCAUCAGUAAACAAGUUAGCUGAAUCGCGUUUAGUUGCUGUUUGCUCGUGUAUUUAGUGUAGAAAAUAGUUGCAAUUUAUGCCAUUAAACGUUGAACUGUGAUUUGGGUGUCACCGAAAUUUAUAUCAUCGUUCUUCCCGAGUGUAGUACGCGUUGCGGCCAAUUCCUCACUAUGGCGUCAUCUUUUCGCUACACACACGCAAUUACUUGCAGGAUUCCACUUUCGUUGCGCACCCGAGGCGAAAUCGAUCUGGAAGAGGCGAAGCUGCAGCACGAGGCCUACGUGAGAUUGCUGCGAGAUUUGGGGCUGGACGUGCUCGAGCUUCCACCCGAUGAGAAUCUGCCCGAGUGCCCGUACGUGGAAGAUUGUGCAGUGGUUUGCAACGGAAUCGCACUCAUUUGCCGACCCGGUGAUGCCAAUCGAUUGAAGGAGGUCGAAGCUGUCCGUGCUGUCCUGCGGAAGGAACUGGACCUGCCCCUGGCGGAGAUAGCGGACCAAAAUGCUCGCCUUGACGGUGGUGAUGUUCUGUUCACCGGGCGGGAAUUUUUCGUGGGUCUCAGCAAGUGGACUAACGAAGCGGGAGCUCGGGCAGUGGCUUCUGCGUUUCCCGAGUACCCAUGUGUUCCUAUUAAGGUAGAGGACGUAAAUCUCACUGAAAAUCCUAUUUUUACUUUGGAGCUAGUCAAUGGAGAGAUUCAGGUGACGGAGCAUCGACAUCUCAAGUAUUACGUUUCCAUGGCCGGAACGGACGUACUGUGCGUGAGCAAAAGCAAAGAAUCCCAGGAGAUACUGAAGCGGAUUGAGCGGGAAGCUACCUACACCUACAGUACGCUGACACUGGCCGAGGAACAGGCAGCCAAUGUACUGUACGUCAAUGGGACGCUCAUCCAUCGGUUGGGCGAGGAGAUUCCACAGUCGGCGUCGAUUCUUUCGCAGAAACUGGACAUUCCUAGGCAAACCGUGCCAAUGUCUGAGCUAGGCAAGUUCUCCAACGGCCUGACCGCGUGCUGCAUCCUGAUAAAGCGGUCCCGACACAUCAAAAUUCUGUAAUGCGGACCGACGCAAAGUGUUAACAGUGGCCGAACUAACGCAAGCAGUAAAGUCUGUUUUAAUAUUUAUUCCGUUUAUUCGUCGUUGCCUUCGAGCUAAACUUUGUGCUUUGUUGUAGAAUCUCUUGUUUGCACUGAUACUCUUGUUAAUCUUAAGCAAUUUUGUUGAUUAGGUUCUAAUUUUUCCCCUUUUGAAAGUGCAUUUCGCCUAGUGGCGGUAGUUAGUUCGGAUCUAUCUAAUACAAAACAGUAUUUAGACAUGUUUUUUUUUUCUAGAGAUCACUGGAAAACUGAGUUCCCUAACGUAACUAAUGUUUUGACUCCUUUUUUGUAGUAACAGUUGACAUUGAUUUUGCCUCACUAGAAUAAGGUAAAUCGACCAGAAAAUAAAGCGUCAUAUUUAUCGAAUGUAGGUUGUGACUAAGUAGGCCGUAUUCAGUAUCGGAGUACCCCUUAACAGACACAAACAACAAUGCUCAACAACGUGGACACAAUAGACUUUAUAGACGCCCUUGACUCCAUUUAGUCCCUUCUCGCUCGAUAGCUUGACAACAAACGAACAACAAGCGGUGAAUAAUCUUCCAUAUUUCUUCUUUGAACCAAUCUGCAAAUAGUACACAAUUAUAUAACAUUAUUACCUACGAUUGGCAGCGUUCACCAAUAAUCGCAGCUAUAAUUUUACGUUGCGCUAUUGCAAUGUGCGUGCGAAUUAGCUUUAGAGUAAUCGAUUAAUAUCAAACAGUCAACUGCAGGAGUGUGUUAAACCGAAAAAAAAAAUUAACGAUAAUAUAAUAAUAGUCUUAUUUACACGUUCAAACGUUCAAGUUAUACACGGGAACAAAUUCCGAUAAAUUCGUAAACGCUCGAUCUAAGCAAAGAUAAUACUGUUCUAAUAUAAUUCAAAUUUACGCAGA